AUGGCCCCGGAUCCAACGAAAGUCCAAGAUAUCCUAAACCUCAAAGCCCCAACGUCAGUCACAGAAGUCCGUAGCCUGCUAGGCAUGACCAACUACUGUGCACGAUUCAUCGAGGGAUAUGCCACAAUUACUGAACCUCUGCGAGCCCUUGCCCACAAGAACCAUGCCUGGGAGUGGAUGGACAAGCAGGAACAUGCCCUGGCCCAGCUCCAGCAUGUGUUGGCCAACGCACCUGUCACAGCGUACUUCAACCCUGAGAAAACAACUGAAAUCUCCGUUGAUGCAAGCCCGGUCGGGCUGGUUGCCAUCUUAGCGCAAAUCGAUCCCACAACCAAAGUCAAGCGUAUCAUUGCGUGUGCCAGCCGCUCUCUGACCACCACCGAGCAACGCUACAGCCAGACUGAGCACGAAGCCCUCGCUGUAGUAUGGGCAUGUGAACACUUUCACCUCUACAUUUACGGCAAGCCAGUCAAUGUCUACACAGACCACAAGCCCCUCGUUGCUAUCUAUGGCAACGCGAACUCGAAACCACCUGCCCGUAUCGAAAGAUGGGCACCCAGACUUCAACCAUUCCAGACUACCGUGCAUUACCGAAAAGGAGAAGAAAAUCCUGCAGACUAUAUGUCUAGGCACCCUUCCAGUCACACCGAACCCUGCAGCAGACAGGAAAAAGUUGCAGAAGAGUACAUCAACUACAUUGCCACAACUUCAACACCAGCUGCACUCACCCUCAGCAUGAUUGCAGAGGCCACAGGACGUGACCCAACCCUCCGUGUCGUCAUAGACGCCGUUCAAUCAGGCAAGUGGUAUGAACUAGCCAAGCAUCCAAAGGUCAACACUGACACAUUUCACACAUACGAACGCCUCAAAGAUGAAUUAACCGUUGGAACAACAACCCAGGUAAUCAUUUGCGGAACGAAAUUAGUGAUUCCAAACAAGUUACAACGUCGCGUCGUGGACUUGGCUCACGAAGGUCACCAAGGCAUUACCAAAACCAAAUCCCUACUACGAGAGAAGGUGUGGUUUCCUGGAAUCAACAAAAUGGUCGAAGAAUGA